AUGGCAUCCGCCGUUGCUGCCAGUGGCGGCGCCAGAGUGUGCAUGAAGUCUGGGCAAGGUCAGGCAACUUUUGUCUUAGCGACCAAAAGCCCAAGAAAACUAAUGGCUAAACCAUCGUGCUGUAUGAAAAUUGACGGAGGCUUCGCCGGCGGAGCCCGGUCAGCUGUACAGGGUCGUCGGUCUGUGGCCUCGCCACUGGCUGCUGCCGCCGUUCCUGAAAAGCAGUCCGGCUCUGAACCCUCACCGUGGAGCGACUUCUUUACUGGAUAUGAGCCAGAACCACUGCAGAAGUCUGAGGAAUGGAUGUUGGUGAGAGCUAAUGAACUGAAGGAACAUGUAUGCAUGAUGUUUAAGUCUUGUAACAAUAUGGCAACACAAAUUUGCUUACUGGAUACACUCCAACAUCUUGGAAUAGAUUACCACUUUAAAGAGCAGAUCGACACUAUUCUAAGCCAGAUCUUGGAGAGUGAAUUUUUUAGUAGCUCAAGCCUCAGUGAAGUUGCUCUAGGGUUUCGCUUGCUUAGGGAGCAUGGCCAUUGGGUUUCUCCAGCUCAUCUUCAUGUUCAUGGUGAGCCAACACUCGAAGAAGCCAUAACUUUUGCGAGGCGUCAUCUUAGAUCAAUGAGGGGUAGUGAUCUGAAGACCCCACUAGCUAAUCAAGUCAAACGGGCCCUUCACAUACCACUGCCACGGGCUUGUAAGAGGAUAGAGACACUGCAUUAUAUCUCUGAGUACAAAGAAGAGGAAGGAUAUAAUCCAGUUCUAUUGGAGCUCGCAAAACUAGAUUUUAACCUUUUACAACAUGUCCACUUGAAGGAGCUCAAAGCGAUUACUGAGUGGUGGAACAAUUUUUCUAGAAAUAUUGGACUAAGUUAUAUUCGUUGUCGCGUGGUGGAGAGCUACACUUGGGCCUAUGUGGUAUAUUAUCAGAGAGGUUUCAAACUACCAAGACGUAUUAUCGCAAUGAUGAUUGUACUUAUUACGACUGUGGAUGACACAUAUGAUAUUCAUGCUACCAUAGAUGAUUGUCGGAAGUUACAUGAAGCCAUACAUAGCAACAAUGAUGACUGGUGUCGCCUCAGUAGGGCCGACACCCCGCCAUUGUCGUUAAUUAGACGAGUUCAAGAGUACCUCAAGAGGUUGUAUAUGGAGUUGCUGAUAACAUUUAAGAAUAUUGAGGAUGAAGUGCCAGCCAACGUCGACUACAAUGUUUCCUACCUUAGAAAAGCGUUUCAAAAUCACGUCAGCGGUUAUCUACAAGAAGCCGAAUGGUCACACAAUAAUCACUGGCCAAAAUUUGAAGAUCAAGUAAAUUUGACUAGCCUAACGGUAGGCGGACCAACACUAUCGUUGAGUGUGAUGGCAGGCGUGGAUAGAAAAAUAAUGAAGCAGUCACUCGAUUGGGCAGCUGGCGUACCCGACGUUGUUAUAGCAGGUGGAAAGAUUGUACGUUUCAUGAACGACAUUGCUGCAUUUAAGCGUCGGAAGUGCAAGGGUGAUGCAGCAAGCUCCGUGGAGUGUUACAUCCAUGAGCAUGGAGUCACAGACAAGGUGGCCAUUGCAAGGAUCGAUGAACUAAUAGAAGAGGAAUGGAAGAUUUUGAACAAAGCUCGCUUUGAAAAUCAUGCGCUUCUCCCAGCCUUGCAACCAAUUAUUGAUUUAGCACGCAGCUCGUCAUUGUUCUAUGAUAAUAGGAACGACGUGUACACAACAAGUACACAUCUUCAGGAGACUGUCGAGAGCCUAUUCCUCAAGCCCAUCUAG